AUGAAACCUGUGGAAAAGCUGCGAAACUUCGCACUUCACAAAAGCGAUGCGAAGGAGAAGAAAGAACAUCAACCUUCAGCGCAUUUGGAUGGGGUUGCUCAGGUGGCUUAUUGUGUUGUUAUCUCCGACGACUACUGUGUUCUAAUUGGAAAGUUAGAUCAGGUGGAUGCUCCAUUUCCUCGAGCUUCAAAGUCAGAGGAUGCAGUGAAACCAGGGGGAAGGUUCUCAGGCAGCAGUGUCGGGUGGGCAGCCAUUCUUCUCCAGUAUUUGCAUUUUGCAGAGAAGUUUAAUUUGAUCCGGCUGAAAGGACAAGAGAAAUGCGACCAUCCACGACGAAGUUUCACACAUGUGCUACCUACUCCAGCUGAUGCAAAACGUCCAAAUUCAAGAAUAAACACUGCUGUCAUCCAAUCAAAUCCUACUAGCCUUGGUGGAAGCAGCCGGAAUUUAUGGAAUUCAUCCCCACUGGACACUGAUAUGCCUGAGAAAAAUUUUAUGGAUGAUAACUUGUCAGUACCCACUAAAAAUCACAGUUGA